ACAAUGCCAAGGAAAAAACAAGUAUUUAAAAAAACAAGAAAAACAAGACAAAAGACUGUGAAAGAUGAAAAUGGAGUUGAAGAAGAUCAGAAAUGUUGCCAUCAGUGUGGUGAUAACAAGGGUAAAGAUGGUGUGAUCGACUGCGAGAAAUGUGGGUCGAAUCGAUAUUGUGUCGACUGCAUGACUAAAUGGUACCCUAAUGUUUCCGAGGAGGAGUUUGUUCAGGCCUGUCCUGUUUGUUGCAAUAACUGCAAUUGCAACACAUGCUUGCAUGGAUUUUCACCUGAAGUUAUGCAGGGGUAUUCUUGCUCCGAUUCUGAUAAAGUUCAAUACUCAAAACAACUACUCCAAAAAGUUUUUCCCCUUUUGAAAAGUCUAAACGAAGAAUUCCAGAUCGAUAAUGAAAUGGAGGCCAAGAUUAAAGGAUCAUCUCUAUCGGAUGUGAAGUUGCAGAAUGAACAGUUAGAAGUAGAUGAUGACAUAACUUGUGACAACUGUGGAGCAUAUUUCUUUGGCUUCUGUGGAAGUUGUACGUGUGGCUACGACAUAUGCAUUGUAUGUUUUCACGAAUUGUGUGAUGGUCACCUUCAGUGGAAACGCAGGACAGAUGGUAGCAUUCCCUGCCCACCCAAAGAUCUCGGUGGUUGUGAUAGUGGGACGCUUGAGCUGAAACAUAUUAUGCUUGUUGACGAUGUUGAAGAAAUGUUAAAGAAAGCACAAGGAAUGUAUGAAAGGAUUGAAAGUGAUGAUAUUCCCGGAACUUCUACGAAGGGCUGUUUGUACUGUAAUUCUUCUAAAGAUGAUAUGCAAGAAAAAUCAAAUACAAAUUAUUUGGAUUCUUCAAGUGCAGAAGACAUUCAAGAUCAAGAUCUGAAGCAUUUCCAGUGGCAUUGGUCAAAAGGUGAGCCCAUUAUAAUCAGUGAUGUGCUUUCGACAUCCUCGGGGCUAAGUUGGGAGCCCAUGGUUUUGCAGCGGGCUUUUAGUGAUAUUCCAAAAGGCAGUAAUCAUCCACGUGCAUAUAAAGUGAAUACAGUUGACUGCUUGAAUGGAAAAAAGGUGUACAUUUAUCUUCACGAAUUCCUUAGAAGAUACUCAGAAGGUGGAUUUGAUAGGGAAGAAGGUCCUAGGCUUCUGAAGUUGGAAAAUUGGCAACCGCCUUGCUUAUCUCAAGGAAAAUGGCCACGGCAUUUUGCUGAAUUUAUAAGCUGUUUGCCCUUCAAAGAAUACACGCACCCGUACAAUGGUUACUUGAAUGUGGCUUCUAAGUUGCCUGAUGUGUCCCCGGAACUAGACAUGGGUCCAAGGAUGGAAGUGGCAUACGGAGUGGAAGAAGAGUUGAAAUCUGGAGACUCUGUUACUAAGCUUCACUAUGAUAAGUCUGAUACUGUGAAUGUACUGACACAUACUAAAUCUGCUCUCCAUAUAUGCGCAAAGCUCAACAAGAAAAAGACAGGGAAAAGAAAGCAUGAUGACCAAGAUGGAGAUUCAACAUCCGAGGAAGGUAACUCGAUGGUGGGAGGUGCUGUGUGGGACGUCUUUCGGAGGCAAGAUAUAACUAAACUAAAGAAAUAUCUUUGGAAUCACUCAGCAGAAUUUAAGCUUGCUGAUUGUCCCUCAGAUGAAAAGGAUUUUUUCCCAAUACAUGACAACAGCUUUUACCUGAACAUGGAGCAUAAAAGAAAACUCAAAGAGGAAUUUGGAAUCGGACCAUGGUCUUUCAAACAAAAGCUGGGUGAUGCAGUUCUGAUACCAGCUGGGUGUCCGUACCAAGUUAGAAACUUGAAGUCGUGUACGAAGGUUGAACUCAAUUUUCUCUCACCCGAAAGUCUUGAAUCAUGCAUCCUGUUACAAAAAGAACUCCGUAUGCUUCCCAACAAUCAUAAGGCCAAGCAACAAAUGCAAAAUAUUGGAAAAAUGAUGAUCCAUGCAUUAAAGCGCGCCUUGAUGAAUUUAUCUACAAAAGAUCCCAUGGAUGAUCUUCAAUUCGUCAACGUUCCUGAGAUCAUAAAUGAUGAUGGGGAAAAUAUUUCUGAUCAUGGAAAUGGUAGGUUGGAUGAUAAUGAAACCGAGGCUAAUAGCAUCAAUGAUCAGGAAAAAGAGAAGUUUCCAAAUGAAGUGAUUGCCUUAAGCAGUUCGGUUUCUCAAAAUGAGUCAUCGCCAUGCCACACUACAGACCAUGUAGUUGAUCAAGAGCCUGCCUCCGUUAGAGACUCCAACGAAACUGAAGGCAUGUAUAGAGGGAAUGCUGUUGGAGUGGCAGAAAAAAAGCUAUUACAGGAUUUUGAGCUGCAUUACCCCAACGCUUUUAAAUGGGAUCAAAUUGGCUCAGGAGCAUUCUGGCCCGAAAUAUUGAAAGAACUGUACUCUUUCAUCAAAGGCAUUUUGGAAACAUCCAUAGAAGAACUCGUGGAAGAACAGAUAACAAAACUUGAAAAGCAGCUCGGUGGACUCAAAGUGGUUGGAUUCAAUCUGUCAUGGAUAGAGAAGAGACUAGAUAUGGUUAAGGAGCUAAAGUUUGGAGAUUACCCAUUAAGCCAAGACCUAAUGGCACUACAAGAAUCACUAGAAUCACUCAAGGAAGCGAUGAACGAGAAACAAAUACAAAGCAUUGAAGCGCAACAAUUGUUUGAAAAGGCUCAGAUCAAGUAUAAUGCUGCUAAAAGGUCUAGAAACAAGUUACGUGAGAUAACACAGAAGUAUGGAGAUGAGCUUAUAUUAACAGGUCCACUUGGUUCUGGCGUGUUGCCCGGGUACUAGACUAUUAUUACUAUCUACACUCAUCAAGGAUUAUUAUUGAUUUGUAGCUGAUAACUUGUCUUUUGAACCACGUUUAGUUGUGAUGAAUUGAACUUUCAUUUACACUCCUAA